CUAGGCUGUGCUGACUGUCUGCCCUUUGUUAUGGCUAGGCUGUGCUCACUGGCUGCCCUUCGGUAUGGCUAGGCUGUGCUCUUGGCUGCCCUUUGUUAUGGCUAGGCUGUGCUGACUGUCUGCCCUUUGUUAUGGCUAGGCUGUGCUGACUGUCUGCCUUUUGUUAUGGCUAGGCUGUGCUCACUGGCUGCCCUUUGUUAUGGCUAGGCUGUGCUCACUGGCUGCCCUUUGUUAUGGCUAGGCUGUGCUGACUGUCUGCCCUUUGUUAUGGCUAGGCUGUGCUCACUGGCUGCCCUUCGGUAUGGCUAGGCUGUGCUCUUGGCUGCCCUUUGUUAUGGCUAGGCUGUGCUCUUGGCUGCCCUUUGUUAUGGCUAGGCUGUGCUCACUGGCUGCCCUUUGUUAUGGCUAGGCUGUGCUCACUGGCUGCCCUUUGGUAUGGCUAGGCUGUGCUCACUGGCUGCCCUUUGUUAUGGCUAGGCUGUGCUCUUGGCUGCCCUUUUAUGGCUAGGCUGUGCUCACUGGCUGCCCUUUGUUAUGGCUAGGCUGUGCUCACUGGCUGCCCUUUGUUAUGGCUAGGCUGUGCUCACUGGCUGCCCUUUGUUAUGGCUAGGCUGUGCUCACUGGCUGCCCUUUGUUAUGGCUAGGCUGUGCUCACUGGCUGCCCUUUGAUAUCAUUUGCCUCUCUCUCAAGUCAAUUCAAAUGGCUUCUCUCUGUCUCUCAUAUGAGGUGUUUUCCCAGCCGUCACUCUCCAGAGCCACGAAGCAGAUACCCUGUCUUCCUAUAGAGUCUAAUUAACAGGCUUUACCUGACAAACUAAUUGCACAAUCCCUCAUUAGUCUUAAAAGCCUCAUCAGUUUGGGAUGCAGCGGAAAGAAACUCAUUGAUUCCACGAAAAGGGAGAGAGAGGAGGGAGAGAGAGACUAUGAGCCCUACCUCCAACACAUUCUCCUGUUUCCAUGGAGACCAGGGAGCCAAUCGGGUGGCCCGGCUGCGGGCUGUACUACCGUGAGCAGAGGAGAGGUGGUGUAGGGAGGAUGUGGAUGAGAUCCGGUGUGUAUUAGAGACAAUAACCUGCAGGUUAUCCCCGUGCUUUUGAUGGCUAGCCCUGUCUCCUCUGCCUCCUCUGCCUUGGCAUGUGUUCAGCCAUCAUCACCCAGCAUGGGUUUAAAGGGAGGCUGUUUAUCAGUGUUAAACAGGCAGCCUCCCAGCCUCACUGUGCCCUGCUCUACCACUAUACACCCCCUGCCUGCCUUUUGGACCUGCCUCGUUACAUCACAGAGCUCUUUCUGGCUGGCUGUUUGUGACUGAGAGUGAGAGUGUAUGUGAGAGAGUGUAUGAGUCUGUGCGCACGCUUCUGCUCCGUUGAGUCAAGUCCCAUUGACGAGCCAGGAGGAUGGACAAGCCGAGCGUGUGGCGUGCCGUGGUGAGCAGCACCGACCCCAGGCGUCCCCGCAGCGAGACCAGCACACCAACCGGUGGCGGGGCUCACCCGGACAGACCCAGCUCUGCCAUGUCUUACCGGCUAUAUGACAUUGUGGAGGGGGAUGCGCGGCCCAGUGAAAGCGACGGUGGAGCCAGCUACAGGGGCCCAGUGAUCAGCCCAGACCGCUUCGAGGGCCCCCUCUACGGACACGGAGUGCAGCCCGGCCCCCAGCGGCCUCCCCGCAGGCCCAAGCUCCAGCACUCCCAGUCCAUCCUCCGCAAGCAGGCAGAGGAAGAGGCCAUCAAACGCUCCCGCUCACACUCAGAGGGCUAUGAGCUGUCGGCUGACCUCCAGGACAAACAGGUGGAGAUGCUGGAGCGUAAAUAUGGAGGACGCUUCAUAACCCGGCAUGCGGCCCGAACCAUCCAAACAGCCUUCCGUCAGUACCAGAUGAACAAAAACUUUGAACGUCUCAGGAGUUGUAUGUCUGAGAACCGCAUGUCCCGACGCAUCGUCCUGUCCAAUAUGAGGAUGCAGUUCUCCUUCGAGGGCCCUGAGAAAGUCCACAGCUCCUACUUUGAGGGAAAACAAGUGUCCCUGACAAAUGACGGCACCCCCCUGGCCUUGGUACAGUCAGAGUGUGGGGACAUGGAGGUCCACCACCAGGCCAACAUGGCAUCACACCCGGCCUCCCAGAACCACCUAACAGAUGCCAUCACAGAGCUGGAGGAUGCCUUCUCCAGGCAGGUCAAGUCUCUGGCCGAGUCUAUCGACGACGCCUUGAACUGCCGCAGCCUGCAGGGCGAUGAGGGUCAUGACCCAGAGGCCUUGGGCUGCCCCGAGGUGGAGAGGGAGGUGGCCUAUCAGGUGAAGCCUCACCGCGGGGCGACGGGACGCAAGCGAGAGGACAUGAUGGCAUCCUACAGCGAUGUGACUCUGUUUAUUGACGAGGAGGAACUGUCUCCCUCCAUGGGGCUGUUGCGGGGGUCUGGUGACCAGCCCUCCAGCAUUGAGUCAGACCUCCGCCUGCGCUCGGCCAACUCCUCCCAAGACUACUGGCCACUGGACCCCAAGGAUGAGGAGCAUGACACGGACACCAGCUGCCGCAGCACUCCCUCUCUGGAGUGCCAGGAACAGAGGCUCCACCUCCCCCUGCUGACCAUCGAGCCGCCCAGCGACAGCUCUGCCGAACACAGCGACCGUUCUGACCGCAGCUCCAUCAAACGUCCACCUGUUUACGAGUCUCACGGGGGAGGGCACAUCGUGGCAUCCUCCCAGGCCAGCCCCAAACACAUCUCUCAUGGCCCGCCCCCACGAGGGCCCUCCCGGGACGACGAGGCACCCCUCCGCCACCGCCACAGGGCGCUGGAGAGCCACCUGGCCAUCAACGGCUCGGCCAACCGGCAGAGCAAGUCUGAGUCUGACUUUUCGGAUGGGGACAACGACAGCAUCAACAGCACGUCUAACUCCAACGACACCAUCAACUGCAGCUCUGAGUCGUCGUCCCGGGACAGCCUGAGGGAACAGACACUCAGCAAGCAGACGUACCACAAAGAGACACGCAACAGCUGGGACUCACCGGUCUUCAGCAACGAUGUGAUCCGCAAGAGGCACUAUCGCAUCGGCCUGAACCUCUUCAACAAGAAGCCAGAAAAGGGUGUCCAGUACCUUACUGAGAGAGGGUUCGUCCCAGACACGCCUGUGGGUGUGGCUCACUUCCUGCUUCAGAGAAAGGGCCUGAGCAGGCAGAUGAUUGGAGAGUUCCUGGGCAACCGGCAGAAACAGUUCAACAGAGACGUCCUGGACUGUGUGGUAGAUGAGAUGGAUUUCUCGUCGAUGGAGCUGGACGAGGCACUGAGGAAGUUCCAGAAUCACAUCCGGGUCCAGGGAGAGGCCCAGAAGGUGGAGCGCCUGAUUGAAGCCUACAGUCAGCGCUACUGUAUCUGUAACCCCACGGUGGUGCGCCAGUUCCGGAACCCUGACACCAUCUUCAUCCUGGCUUUCGCCAUCAUCCUCCUCAACACUGAUAUGUACAGCCCCAACGUCAAGCCAGAGAGGAAGAUGAAGCUGGAGGACUUUGUUAAGAAUCUCAGAGGGGUGGACGAUGGGGAGGACAUCCCCAGGGAAACUCUGGUAGGAAUCUAUGAGAGGAUCAGGAAGAGGGAGCUGAAGACCAACGAGGACCAUGUGUCUCAAGUCCAGAAGGUGGAGAAACUCAUAGUGGGCAACAAAAAACCGAUUGGAUCUCUCCACCACGGUCUAGGAUGUGUCCUGUCCCUGCCCCAUCGCAGGCUGGUCUGCUACUGCCGGCUGUUUGAAGUGCCGGACCCCAACAAGCUCCAGAAGCUGGGCCUGCACCAGCGGGAGAUCUUCCUGUUUAAUGAUCUUCUGGUGGUGACAAAGAUUUUCCAGAAGAAGAAGAACUCUGUGACAUACAGCUUCAGGCAGUCUUUCUCUCUGUAUGGGAUGCAGGUUCUGAUGUUUGAGAACCAGCAUUACGGGAAUGGAAUCAAGCUUACAUCAGCCAUACCAGGUGCCGACAUCAAAGUGCUCAUCAACUUUAACGCGCCCAACCCCCAGGACCGCAAGAAGUUUACUGAUGACCUGCGGGAGUCCAUCGCCGAGGUCCAGGAAAUGGAGAAAUACAGGAUAGAGUCUGAGCUGGAGAAGCAGAAAGGGGUGGUGAGGCCCAGUAUGUCCCAGAGCUCUGGGCUGAAGAAGGAGGCUGGCAACGGCAACAUGAACCGUGCCAGUCUGGACGACACCUACACCAUGGGCGAGGGCCUGAAGAGGAGCGCCCUGAGCAGCUCCCUCCGCGACCUCUCCGAAGCAGGCAAGCGUGGGCGCCGCAGCAGUGCAGGAUCACUAGACAGCAAUAUGGAAGGGUCCAUCAUUAGCAGCCCCCACACACGCCGGAGAGCCACAACCCCCCGAAGUGAGGGCCCGCCCCGGGGCCACCCCACCAUCCCCAACUCCUCCUCCCUCCUCGGGUCGCUCUUCGGCAGCAAGCGGGCAAAGCCUUCAUCCCAGAGCCAUCCUCCUCUUCCUCCGCCCGGUCACCCCACCCUCAUCUCCCACACGCCCCAUCCUUCCAACCUCCACCACACAGCCCAGCAGGUAGCCCAGGCCCAGCUCCACCACUCCCAGUACUGCCAGCAGAACCCCCCUCCCUACCACCACCACCACCACUACCACCCCCCGCCCCACACACAGUACCACCAGCACCCGGCAGCAUACGCAUCCUCCUCCACCCACUCACAUCAACACCCGCUUGUACCACAGCACAGUCACAGCACCCACGGCCAUCAUGCCUCACACUCCCAGCAUGCCCUUCAUCACCACAGUCAGCAGCAGAGCCCUGCACACAGCGGGUCCAAAACCAAGCACAGUGGCAUCAGCACCGUGGUGUGACCAGAGAGAGAGAGAGAGAGAGAGAGAGAGAGAGAGAGAGAGAGAGAGAGAGAGAGAGAGAGAGAGAGAGAGAGAGAGAGAGAGAGAGAGAGAGAGAGAGAGAGAGAGAGAGAGAGAGAGAGAGAGAGAGAGAGAGAGAGAGAGAGAGAGAGAGGGAGAGGGAGAGAGAGAGAGACAGAGACAGAGAGACUCAUCCACCAAUGGGACAGAGGGUAUACUGUCCAUGGCCUGUCCACUGUGUUCCACUGCUGUGGUUGAGAUGGACCUCUGACAGUCACUCGUAUCCCCUCCCUAUUUCAGCAUCUCACCAAUAUGCAUUUGGAAACCAGACUCAAUUCCUCCACAAAGGACCACGGCUCAAACCUUAGAGUGGGGGCCUCUUUUUUUCUGUCAGGGGUUGAGAGGGGAGGCGUUUUGUACGGGGAAACCCUCCUAAUCCCUGUGAACUCACACCAAACCCGGCUGUGACGGCUGAAGAGAACCGUGCAUCUCUGUAGGCCGCUCUACAUUGCUCUGUUCUUUCAAUAGUCUGUCUUCCCGUCGUGUAAGGACUUGGGACAGGCCUGGGAAAACAUUUCUGACUGUUUUCUCUGUCAUGAUGGCAUAUUAUAUUACACAGUCUUUUUAAUCAAUGCUAGCUUUAACACUGCUUUCUUGAGGUUUGUGAAACCCUUUCUUUAUUUUUAAGAAUGCUAUUUGUUGUUGCCUCUCGUAGAAUUCAUGAAGUGUAGAAAAGCUAGGUGUAAUCAUUUCACAAUACCUAAACCAAUGGACAGGCUAACAGCUGAGGAACAGUCUCAAUGGUAGUAGUUCUAGUGCUGCAUUUACUGUAGAUGACAGCUUUACGUGUUGUCUCCUAACUCUCAUUAAUAAAUGUGCCAAUUACUAAUGCAUAAACUAUUUAGUCCAGACUUCAUGUACAGUAUAUUGUGCGUAAAGUACCUUAUAAGAUUAUACAACCAUUAUUAUUAUCACGAGAAAUGAACUUUCUCAGUAUUAUACUGACUCUAUGGUAACAGGAUAAAUGGAAAGGAGGCGUGAACCCACAUUGUCAGGCAGGCCAAUAACCUGCUCUGGUACCGAUUGCCUUCCAACCAGAGCAUUGAGAGACUCAGGAAUGCAGCUGUGGCACAUGGCCCUACUAGUGCUGUAUAAAACCUUAGAGUGGACAGACACUUCUUGGCAUGGGUAUUUACUGAGCAUAUGUUGCUCAUCUGCUGGGUAGAUGGGUCCCACUCAGCUCAGUAUAGUACUCCUUUAAAUGUUUAGUACAGUGAGUAAGGACAUGUAGUAAGAUAGCAGUGAAGAUGUCUCACAGCUCUCUUGUUGAGCUAACAGGCUUCUCUUGGCUGAAUGCUGGCUCAGCUCACCUAUCGGAGACUUUACUGAUGGACCCACAGUAGAGCUGGUAACGUCUCAUGCCAAUGAUGCAGCUGCAUUCUUGACUCUUCAAAUCGAAAUACAAUAAUCAUUUAUUUUUCUUUCAUAAUUUACUAUAUUUUUGUUUUAUUCGCAAGACCUGAGUAGUUGAGUGACUAAAAUAAGCUCAUAAGUAUGUAGUGAAUUAUUUGUUUGUUUGUCAACUUUGUUUUUAUCAUUCUGUACGUGCAAUAUCUUCGUACUGAUUUUGUACAUUCAGAACAAGCAAAGGGUCCCUUCUGUUUGUUUUGUAUGUUUUCAUGUUGUCGUUAUUUAUUUAUUUAGUUUGGACCCCUGUCGUUCUCUCUCAGUGGCUUAAUGUGUGGUUGUUCUCAUGGUUCUCUGAGAAGCACAGUCCUGGAAUUCAGUGGAAUGUCUAAUAAGUGAUGUUGCAUGUAAUGUUAUUGAUGUGAGGCUAUCCUCUCCACAUUCUAUAGCAAAUCAGUGUUACCAUAGCAAUUAAAGUGCAAUCACGUAAAAAAAAAAAUGUAGGCCUUCUACGGGUUCAAGUCUGUUAUCAUGUUGUCCAGGAAGAGAUUCAGGUGAAAAAUAUAUAUUUUUCAUUUCAGAUUAUGUACUUACUUAUUAUGUACUUACUUACACAGUUCACGGUGGAAGGAAAGAGGAAUGUGUGUAUAUAUUUUAAAAAGGAAUUCGCUUCCCUCUGGGCAGAAAAUAACUAUUUUGCUGGAUAAGCACAUAUGAAGGAGCGCUUUCAUUUUUUUCAGGAAAUCUGAAAAAAUGUAGAUCUAAUAUACAGCAAAGAAGUGCAAUUGGAACAAAGGAACUGGGAUAUAUGUCAAGUAAAAUAACUUUCUACAUUCUACAAAAUAAGAGUCUAUUAUCAUGUGUACAUUAGAGUCAACUGUUUCUCCCAAUAUUCAGGGUGUAAAUGUAUUUUAACAUUCACUAAGGAAACUGAAACCAUAAGACUAGAUUCAACACGUGUCCCUUCAUAUUAGAGCCAUGAUACUAUAACAAAACAUAAGGACAUUUAGACAGAUAAACAUACCUUAUCUGGAACAUGAAUAAUCACUUGAAUAUCUUUCUAAUAAUUUCAUAUUUUCCUUUUGUAACUCAGAAAUGGUCGGACAAGGUGAAAACAAAAGAAAGAAAGAAAAAAAGAAGGAAAUGUAUACAUUGAUCUUGAUAUGUGUUGUAGUGCUUCAAGAAAUGUCCACAGUGAUCUACAGUCUGAGAAGUACCCCCACAAUGCACUGCAUGGACCUGAUGCAUCGUGUGUCCUUUUCACUGUGAGCUUGCUGACCAGGUCAGCCUGUAAAGUUGAUUAGAUUUCGGUUUAGAUCUGGAAUCUUCUGAUGUUGACUUGCUCUGGCUGUCCCACGUUAAGCUGAUUGUUACUUGAGCUCAGCAUGCAUUUAUUUCAUCUGCAUAUACAUAGCCAUUGUAAAAAGAACAAAACAUUAACACCAUUGCACUUCUGUUAUUAUUGAGCCGAGGGCUACGGUUGUGUAAAUAGGAGAGUAGAAGUGUUGAUUAUGGAAUUCUAAAAAAGGUGGUUUAUCUCAAAUGAAGAUUAGAAGGGACCAAGUGGGAGAAAGGGGAUAUGUACAUAGUGUGUAUAUUAUCACUACUGUAAUCCAACAUCUGCCGUGGAGAUCAGGGGGGUGUGUCCGUCACCUCAUAUGAGAGGUGGAAAAUAUAUGAUUCAGAACAUAUCGCUUGUCUCUGCCUCCAACUGUACUGAACUGUCAUUCGCUGUGGAUCUCAAAGACAGACUGUUAUAACGUUCACUGCCUCCUAAACACACACGCACACAGGCACACACAGACAGACAGACACACACUGACAGACACACACACACAGGCAGACAGGCACACAGACACACACACUCAUCAAAGGGAAAGACAAGAGUGGCCUCAUUUCUAUGUGCAUUCAAGUUUGUCCAGUGAGUAGUGAGUCAGUAAGACCCCAGUUAUUGUAAAACUUCAACUGUGACAAUGUUGACAACGCUAAAUAAACAAAUAUAUGACUUAUGGUA